AUGUAUAGAUAUUUCUUUCUUUCUUUGAUUUUUUUCUUUCACCUUUCUUUUUCCUUUUCUUCUCGGUCUUUUCUUCUUUUUAACUGGUUUAUCGUUCGUCUUUAUAAAUCCUUUUCUCAUGUAGCUACCUUUUUUCCUUUAUCAGGUUUCAGCAUACAUCUUUCCUUCUUUCGUUCAUUCUUUCUUUCUUUAUUUAUUUCUUUCUUUCUUUCUUUCUUUCUUUCUUUCCCAUUUCCCCGACUUCUUUCUUUCUUUCUUUCUUUCUUUCUUUCUUACCGUCUUUCUUUUUUACACUGCCAUUUUUCCUCGCCUUCUUUCUUUCUUUCUUUCUUUCUUUCUUUCUUUUCUUUCUUUCUUUCUUUCUUUCUACCCAGCCAUUUCCCCGACUUCUUUCUUUCUUUCUUUCUUUCUUUUUCUUUCUUUCUUACCGUCUUUCUUUUUUACACUGCCAUUUUUCCUCGCCUUCUUUCUUUCUUUAUUUCUUUCUUUCUUUCUACCCAGCCAUUUCCCCGACUUCUUUCUUUCUUUCUUUCUUUCUUUCUUUCUUUCUUUCUUUCUUUCUUACCGUCUUUCUUUUUUACACUGCCAUUUUUCCUCGCCUUCUUUCUUUCUUUCUUUCUUUCUUUCUUUCUUUCUUUCUUUCUUUCUACCCAGCUAUUUCCCCGCCUUCUUUCUUUCUUUCUUUCUUUCUUACCGUCUUUCUUUUUUACACUGCCAUUUUUCCUCGCCUUCUUUCUUUCUUUCUUUAGCCCCUUUUUUAUUUUAAAAUAUCUGUCUGUUCAGUUUUUACCAUAUCUUUCUUGCCAUGCACAUUUAAUUCUUUCUUUCUACAUCGAGUCUCCUCUAUACAGGCUCCAUUAUAUAAGCUAA